AAGAGCGAGCUUUUUUUUUCAGCCAAGCCAAUUCGCAAAUUGGCACUCGGUUCAGAGUCUUGUCUGCUGCCGUGCGGUUAGGACGCCGUUAGUUUACCAAUCACAGCAAAGUUUCAGUGCCCAAAACGAUGCUUGGGAAUAGCUUUUGGCCCAUUCUCCUUGUGGCCAGCUGCAGCCUGGCGCACGCUUACCCCGCCCUCUUGCCCUACAUCUACAAUCCGUCGAAUGCAGGUCGCCUGGAUAAGCGCAGCGAUGUGAACUUUCCGCAGAUUGAGGACGAUGUCGUUGAACUGGAUCAGUUGAGGAAUGAACAACAACCUGCGGUGGCAAAGAGACAACACGAUGGCAGCACUGUUCGCACCACAACCACAACUAAGGAGAGCGUGGAGAAAGUAAUCGCCGCACCAGAAUCGAGCAGCAAGGAGCAAGUUGCUGUCUUAAAUCAAGGUCUGCCCGACUUGGAGCGUCAACUGGAGGUGGCCACGCCAUUGAUGUCGAUGUCGACCACCACGACAACGAGCACAUCGGCCACGACAACAACGGCGGCAUUCAAGGAUGAGAGCGAACGUUCGCAGCUGGAGGAGCCAAAGACGAAUCCGCAUGCCAAGUGUAUAUCCACGAAACCACCCAAAAAUCAACAGGCUUUCUACGGUGCAGCUCGACUAGCUUUUGGCCAGAAUCCAGAGGUGUUACCAACAUCCUCUACAUCCACCACAACCACCACAGCAUCCACAUCCACAUCGACAUCGACAACAACCACAACAACAACACCACCACCAGCUCCAUCAACAAUCGCAGUUGAAGCCACCGCAGCUGUAGUGCCCGCUGCUCCCAUGGCACCCAAGAGUGAAGUUGUGGAGCCCGUUGUGGAUGUGGCCGGAGAGCCAGCGGAGAAUGGAGAGAGUGCUCCCAGUGCAGCUGUGGAAGUGAAGCCACCAGCGGCGCAUCAUAAUCACGAUAUCAACAAGGAGACCAUCGGCGACAUUCUGAUCGAUCAGCUCGAGUCGGUUGCCAAGACAACUGAGCGACGCUCCAGCUCCGGUUCCGGCGGCAGCAUGCCACAUCUGACGGCCAAGACUGCUCAGAGUCUGCUGCGUAAUCCCAGUGGACAGUAUUCGUCCUUCGACAUGGCUCAGUAUGUGUUCUGGACCGGCGAUGAGACUGGCGUGGCCAGAGCAGUUGAGGAACUAAUCGACGAGAAUUUGAUUACACGAGAGAGUGCUCUGAAGUUCUUGCGCGACAUACGUCUAGGCAUUGAGUUCUUGCAGCGCUCCUAUGCCAAUCGUAUUUUCCCCGAGGAGCUGCGUCAGAAUCACUUGAAACGCAGUGCUCCUAGCACCACAGCGAGCACAACAACAUCGACUACAAGCACAACCACAAGCACGACCACUGAGAAACCCUUGCCCUACAUCCAUUUGGAUAACGAUGGUGAUGGAGUGACGCCAGAGAUUGGACGCUCCAAGGCGCUGGAUAGCUUCACUUUCUGGAACAAGCUGAAGGCACUGGAGAGCGAGACUCCGCAGGAUCUGACCGACUAUGAUGAUACCAUGGGCAGGGCCAAGAUCGUUGAGUAUUUGUACAACGAGUACAGCUUAGAGGAAAUUCUAUACAAGUUGGCCAAGGUGAUGUUCGCUCAGUCGCUGGCUCAUGGCUCAGACGAGGCUCAACAGGAGCUGCAGAAGUUGACCGAAUUCCUGGAGCGUGAAGGAAAUUUAGGGGUUAUUCCUGUCGAUUUGCAGAAGAAGGUUUUGAGGGUUCUGCUUACUGCUUUGUCGGAUACUUUGACCGAGCAUCCGGAGUUGUUGCCUGCUGCGCGUGUUAACUUGGCCAAUCCAUACUUUAGGCUUCCAAUGCAUACUCCCAGCCAAUAGAGCAGCAGCAGACGGCGGGCGGCAGUUAUCAGAAUAUAUAUUUAAAUAUAUAUAUCUACUACAUUCAUAAUCUAUAUUAAAUAUAUAUAUAUAUUUACUAAGUUAAGCAGCAGAAUCAACUACGAGUUCAGUUCAACGUCGAUUGCCAUAUUCAAGAAAUGCGCUCUCUCGGAAUUGUUAGCUACAACAAAACGUUUUGAGUGAUCCUAAGUUUCCCUCGAUUUCGAUGAAGAUUUAUGUAUACUUUUGUUCGAUUUAUAAGAUAGCAAAAACAAAAAAAACUCUCGUGAUAUUUUUGUCAGGCUAGAAAGUAAAAGGCCAUCCGAAAUGGAAAGUAAGAAAAUGAAAAUGGUAGUAUGAAUGUUUUUAUAAAUGUAGAAAAAUGAAAAAUACAAAAAGUGAAAAAAUGAGAGACUUGCGCUAUUUUGAGCUUUUUAAAAUGAACAAAACAAAAAACAAAAACAAAACAUAUAUGAAAAACCAAAGAGUAAAUAAAUAAAAUAUUGUAUUUGUAGUAAAUUGGCAUGCUUGCUUAUAUUUGAUAUGAGUUAGUUUGGGAACAAUGAGGUUGAUGUUGAUAAUAUCCUUUGUUAAUCGAAGCUACAAAAGAGAAAACAUACAUGUACUCGUAUAGGAAAAAUAUAUAUACUACUACAAAUUAUACAUAUUCGCUCCGUUUAUCAAAGAAAAGAUGAGAAAACCAAUGAAGCAGGAAAGGGCUUUAAGUCCACAUAUAUCAGUAGCAAAUAGAACUGCUUUAUAAAUUAUUUAGUUGUGUUUUUUUUUCUCCCUCUCUUUAAGUAUCCUAUAUACCCUACUUGAAUAAAUAAAUAAAAUAACUAACGAGUUGCUUGAUUAAUAAUUAUGAAUUGUUUCCACAAUUGUUUAAUUAAUGUGCAAUGUGUGUAAUGUCUAAUGUGUAAUAUGAUAGAUCAAAAGCAAACUAGAAAUUAUUGUUUCUCAACACAUAGUUCAUACAUAAUAAUACUC